AACGGCUAUUAAGAGAAGGUUAGAAUGGACCUUUAAGCAUGUGUGGCGUUUUUUAUACUGUUUUGGCACCCCUAAACAUUUUCCAUAGACCUGUGUGUGACAGUUCAACGAGUCUCAGCACAAAGCCGAAUUUUUUGUGUGCGAUCUGGCAACCCACCAAACCGGAAGUGCUCAUUCUCAGAAGGCAGCGCGGGAAAAGCGUCUGUUUGGGUGAAAGCGGGAGUGACACGACGGAUCUGUGUUCAACAAUUGUGACAACUGUAGCAACUUAAAUAGUCAAGCAGUGUCAGGAUGAAGGUGGUAACUUGUGAGAUCGCCUGGCAUAAUAAAGAGCCAGUAUACAGUAUGGAUUUCCAGCAGAAUGGUGAGGGAAGGAUACAGCGCCUGGCUACGGCUGGGGUGGACACCACAGUACGGAUGUGGUGUGUAGAUAAAGGUCCUGAUGGGAAGGCUGUUGUUGAGUUUCUGUCUAACUUGGCACGACAUACAAAAGCAGUUAACGUGGUGCGUUUCUCACCCACUGCUGAAGUCCUGGCUUCUGGAGGGGAUGAUGCCGCUAUCUUGCUUUGGAAACUGAAUGACAAUAAAGAGCCUGAACAAGCCCCAACCUUCCAGGAAGAUGAAGAUGCUCAACUCAAUAAAGAGAGUUGGAGUGUAGUGAAGACUCUGAGGGGACACAUUGAGGAUGUGUAUGAUAUCUCAUGGACCAGCGAUGGAAAUUUCAUGGUUUCUGGCUCUGUGGACAACACUGCCAUCAUGUGGGAUGUCAACAAGGGACAAAAGAUGUGCAUAUUUAAUGAUCAUAAGAGUUAUGUGCAGGGAGUGGCAUGGGACCCACUUGGACAGUAUAUUAGCACGCUAAGCUGUGACAGGGUGAUGCGUGUGUACAGUGCUCACAACAGGAAAAAAGCUUACUGUGUGAGUAAGAUGACAUCAACCACUGGUGGAGAUGGAGAGAUGAAGAACUAUAGAAUGUUUCAUGAUGACAGCAUGAGAUCGUUCUUCAGACGUCUCACCUUCACGCCAGAUGGGUCAUUUCUCCUUGCACCAGCUGGGUGUGUUGAGGCUGGAGAGAAUAUCACAAACACCACAUAUGUAUUUUCCAGGAGAAGCUUCAAGAGGCCCAUUGCUCAUCUUCCCUGUCCUUCUAAAGCAACCCUGGCUGUGCGUUGCUGCCCAGUCUUCUAUGAACUCCGGACCAAGAAAGCUGAAGACGGUUCACUAAAGCCGGUGUCAAAUACGUUCAAUUUGCUUUAUCGGCUGGUGUUUGCUGUUGCGUCAGAAGACUCUGUCUUCUUUUAUGACACACAACAGACACUGCCAUUUGGAUAUGUGUCCAACAUCCACUACCACACACUGAGUGAUCUCAGCUGGUCUCGUGAUGGCUCCUUUUUGGCAGUGUCGUCCACAGACGGCUACUGUUCCUUCGUGUCAUUUGAGGAAGGGGAGCUCGGCACUCCGUUAAAGGAGCGACCUCCUCUGGAGAUGGUGACCCCAGCCUCCACCAAUGAGAAGAAGGGCAAGAGACCUUCAGCCAAUGGCAAGACGUCUUCCCCAUUGCCCCGCCAGGCAAACACACCUGCUGCACAGGAAAAGGCGAAAGAGGCAUCUGCUGGCCCUGCAUCUUCAAAGACCCCCAGCGUAUCUGGUCCAGAAGAAAAACGCACACCACAAGGAUUAAAAACCAAACCUCAGCCCAGACGGAUCACACUCAACACCUUGGAGGGCUGGGGCAAGCCCAGCACCCCCAAAUCACCAGCAGCUUCCCCCAGUACAGCCCCUGACACCCCCAAAUCUGCUCCCUCCACACCUGCCUCCAGCAAACUGCCCGUCACACCCAAUACAGCCCCCAGUACUCCUCUUGGGCCCUUCAACUCAAAAAGUACCACCACUCCAAAGGGACCUACUCCUAGACGAAUUUCACUGACUGCAGUUGUAUCCAGAUCCCCCUCUACCUCUCAGGACUUUGUUACUCCAUCUUCCACUGAGAAAGCCAAACAUGAAAGACCAUCUCCCCCCAGUGACCCAGUGUGCAAACCUCCUGAAUCCAAGAGAUCCAAGACUGAAGUUCCCAAUGACUCUACCCAGAGCAAUGAGCACAAAGUGAAUACAGAGCCCAGUGUCAAACCACAGCUAACUUAGAGACUGAACAUGGUUCAUUCUGCCUCCUUAUUAGCACUCACAUCCACAGAUGAAGUACACCAAUUGAACCAGUAACUUAAAACACCUGAUCCCAAGCUGCACAGGUGAAUACAAUGACAUAUGGAGUCAGGCAUGUACUUGCAUUCUGUUUCUGAAAGUUAUGUUUACUUCUAGAUUUUCAGUGUUUAUCUGGAAUAAAAGAGUGUAUGUCCUUUUAAGAAUGGGGAAAAGGUUCUUGAACUAGUUUUUCUUUUCUUUGAAGUACAAACUGUUUAGAUAAAUGGAUUUGAUUGCUUUGUUAAGAGUUGCUUAAACAUUUUGUGAGAUUCUUAAGAAAAAGUUCUAAAUUACUUGCCUGGGUCUGGAUUCUUCUCUGACAUAUAUUUGUCAAGUUAUAACGAGUGAAGUUUAUUACAUUUAUAAUUUUUUUUAACUGCGUUUUCUUGUAGAUCAUGAUAAACUUCACAGCAUAUUGUGAUAGAGAAAUUGCAAAGGCUGUUUUGAUAAUUAACAGUAUUGUCAGGAUUUUAAUGUGCUUUAUCACUUUAACAGAAAUACAUGAAACAUAAUUUAGAUCUGUAUGAGUUUUGCACAUUUCUGGUUGCUGCUGCCCCCAACAUUUAGAUCAGUGGUCUGCAAAUACAGUGGUGUGAAAAAGGGUUUGCCCCCUUCCUGAUUUCUUAUUUUUUUGCAUGUUUGUCACACUUAAAUGUUUCAG